AACUGAGGCAACAGUGAGUAGUUGAAUAGACACUGACAAACUUAUGUUCAGUCAACUUUAACACCAGAUGUGGAACGCCUCGUGCAGCCUAUCUUGCACCUUGAGACUGCACGGGCGUGUCCCAGCUGUGUUCCAUGCAUAAAAACCCCGCACGGUUUCGGACUCAUCGCAGCAACUCUGAAUCAACCUGCAAGAUGACAAGUCUCACUCCUAAGGACAAGGCCACAGUCAAAGCCUUCUGGGGCAGGGUGUCUUCAAAGGCGGAUGAUAUUGGCUGCGAUGCUCUGGCCAGGAUGCUGAUCGUGUACCCGCAGACAAAGACUUACUUUGCGCACUGGAAAGACCAGAGCCCCACUUCCCCGUCUGCCAAAAAGCACGGAAUCACCGUGAUGUCUGGAGUUGCAGAUGCUGUGGGCAAAAUCGACGACAUCAAAGGAGGUCUGCUGACCCUCAGUGAGCUGCAUGCCUUCACUCUGCGGGUGGACCCUGCCAACUUCAAGAUCAUCUCCCACUGCAUCCUCGUGGUCAUGGCCAUCAUGUUCCCCCAAGACUUCACCCCUGAGGUCCAUGUCUCCAUGGAUAAGUUCCUGGCUGUUUUGGCUCUGUCCCUGGCUGAGAAAUACCGAUAA